AUGCAUAGAGAUAAAAAACUCAUAUUGUACACACUAGGCGGAGCUGCUGUAAUAGCAGGAGCUUUUAUCUAUUUUAAAAGGCGUAAUAUGACAAUUUAACAGAAGUAUUAGAAUCUUUUUCAUUAGCUGCAAUAAGAUAUUCUUACUUUUAAAUCAUUAAACCAAGGCAAUUAUUAACUGAAAUAUGAUAAGUUGUUAUAUUUAGCAAUAUAUGAUGAAAAUGAUCAACUGAGAACAGUCACCGAAAAAAUUACCUUUUAAGAAACUGAAGAACUAAAAAAUUAAGGUGCUUGCAACUAAAAAAUUAAUAUAGGAGCCUGCUAUUAUGAAUGCUUUGAUUGCAGUCCUGCUAGAUAAGAAAAUGCUAAGACUAAUAAAGGUAUGGAUGAUAAUGUUAUCUGUUAGGCUAUAUGUGAAGAUUGCUUUAAAGCUUAAGGACAUAAAAACCAUAAAUUCAUUAGACAUGAAUAUUCUGGCUUUGGAUAUGAUAGAUGCUAAUGCGGAAUUGAGAGUAUUGUCGAUAAGAAAUGCUUUUGUAAUUAACAUUAAGGCUUUGAUAAAAUUAAAUAGUUAUGUAAUAGUUAACUCUUAAAAUAACCAAAAAUAUGGAAAGGAGUCGAACAAUUCUUCAUUGACUCAUUUUAUAUCUAUUUUGAAAUAGUAAGCAAUGCAAUAAGAUAAAAGCUAAAUAAUCACAUAGAUGAAAAGACUUAUAAUUAGUAACUUGUUGGUAUUAAUUACUAUUUGUAGCUCAUUAUUAACAAAAUAAAUGAGAUCAUAGAGUUAAAUACUCCUUCUACUUAUCUCAUUACAAGCAUACUAUCAAUGCCUUUUGAGAAACCUAUUUCAUUUUAGGUAUAAAGAAAUAGCAACGAUGAAUAUCCAAACAAAUACGUCAGACUGAUACAAAAAUAAAAGCAAGUCAAUAAGGAUUUAAGUGUUUUAGAUUGUCUUCUUCUAAAUUAUGAAGUAGUUGAUAAUUUAAAUGAUGAGCUACUCUCUAAUCUUUUUCGCUCGCUAAGUAUAGCAGAUGAAUAAUUUUCUGCUGUUAUAUGUGAAAAAUUCUUUAGGAUGGUUGGAUUUAUAGCAAGAAAUUAAAAAUCUUAGGAUGAAUGGUAAAACAAGAAUAAACUGCCUAAUUUUGCUCAUCUUGUGAUGGAAAAUAUAUUUAUUCAAAGUAUUUUUGAUAAUUUAAUAGAAAAAUUAGGUGUAGACAUUUUUAAUCCUAUUGAAUACUUAACUUUUUACGUUAAAAACCAAAUUUUAUAAAGCAAUGAGCUUGAUUAAAAUAUAAUUAUUUUACCUAAUAUUUGCUUUGAUAUGUUUAGAUUUGUAAACUAGCUAAAAAGUCUAUUGAAAAGAUAUCCAAAAGAAUCUAUUAAGGCAAUAAAUAAUUUAAGUUUUGUACUUUAUUUAAGAAAUUCUGUAAAAGUAGAUUUAAAUCAAAUAUAUUAGAAAUAAUUUGAGGAUAUCACAAAAGGUAUAAAAUCGUUCGUAUAAUAUACAUAAGUUGAAAUUCAGGUAAUUGAUGCUUAUAUAAAUAUUUUUGAAGGCCUUUUAUUAAUAAAUGACUAAUCUUUAACUUAAAACAUGAUAGCUCUAUUAUGUGAUGGUUUUACAGAAAAUGUUGUAAAUUUGAGUGAAUAGAUUGAAGAAAAUUAAAAUUUUUGUUCAUUUUCUAUCUCCUUUUUAAGUUAGUUACCUUUUUUAAUUGCUAUAUCAGAAAAGAAAAUAUUUACAAAAUCUUCAAUUUAAAACUUCUUUAACACGAAACUUAAAUUUAAGGAUUAAGAACAAAAAGCAAAUUUCUUUAAAUGCAUAAAAAAAAUUAUUUCUAAUUUUAUAUUAGCAAAUAAUCGAUAAAUUUAUAAUAUGUUGUAAAUUAUCUUUGAUGAAGUUUUACAAGAAUAUACUUAAUUUAUUGAAUCUCUUAAUUACUAUCUUUACAAUCCAUAAAGUAAAGUUUAUGAUAUUUAUUAAAUUUCAAGUUCUAUUUGUUUAUUGGCAGAAGACUGUAACGAUAAUUUAGCCGCCCAAAAUACUCAUAUUUAAACAUUACUUUCUAUAAUAGAUAAUCUUAAAUAAGGAAACAAUAGUUUAAGAAUAUAAUAAUAUUUUUGUAUUUCAUAUUCAAUCUGCUAAAUGCUAUUAGAUUCUACUCCUUUAUUGAACUUAUUCUCUAAUAAAAUUGAAUUAUUCUUUCCAGGAUUUAGUUUAAAUGAAGACACCCUAAUCAAAAAGAAUGUAGAAGAAUUGAUUGUUAGUUGUAUUUAAGAGUAUUAACUUGAAAAAAUGUACUUAAAUGAUUUACAAUAAAUAUGUUAAGCAUAUCUUAAUAAUACAGAUAUAGUAAAAUAAUAUUAUUUAGGAACUGUGAAUUAAUAGGAAAAUUAAGAUUUCAUCUUUCUUAAAUAAUAAUAUACUCAAAAGUUAUAUCCACGUCAUCUUAUGAGAAAUCUAAUUUUUCAAUUUAACGAAAUUAUCUAAGCUAUGGCUAUUAAAAAUAAUGAUUCAUCUCAAGAGUUAAGUUAUGCUGGAAGUGAUUUUAGCAUUGAAAAUCUAUUCCCUUAUCAGCAAGAUCUUUUUAAAAGAAUAUUUUUGAAUGCAAAAUGUGUUAACACAAUUAUUGAUACUAAUAUUUUAGUACAAUCUUCUUUAUAAUCUUAAAACCCAACAACUUAACUUUUAUAUAUGCUUUUGAAAUUCAUGAUUUAGAGUAAUUAAUCUAAAAUUUUUAAUGAGAGUGAAAAAUUAUAAAUUGAAGAAAUGAUUUAAAUAAUCCCAUUUUAUAAUUUGAAAAAUAAAUUUUAAACUGAUAUUAAUUUUUUAAAAGAAAAGAAACUUUAUCAUGAAUUGAAGAUGAGUGAAUUUAUGUUAGGAAUGCUAUGUUAACUAGAAUAAUAAAAAAAAUGA